AUGGAUGGAGAGAAGGAUAGAAGAGAUGUAGGUGAUGGUGGUAGCGGCGGUGAGUAUGACACCAAGUAUCAUCACUUUCAGGGUAUAUCUAAAGCGCAAGAAAAAAGAUUACAAGAUCUGGAUAAGAGGCUACGAGAGGCGAUAGAGGAGGAACAACGUUCAAGGAGGGAGUCUGAGAAUGAACUUGUUAUUAAGUUGAAGAGUAUGACUGAUGGUAUGAGACAUGAAUUGGAUGAGGAAUUAAAAGAUAAGGAAGCAACAGAGGAGUCUGUCUUACGUACUUGCAUAGAGGUAGAUGUACCCAAGUUGGAAGAUGCAUUAAAAGAGGAGAGUAUUGCAAGGGAUAAGAUGGAGAGUAAAUUAUUAGAAGAUGCUCAUAGUGAAAUAGAAAGGCUUCAAGAGGCAUUGAAUAAGGAGAAAACCCAAAG